AUGACGACUCUAACAGCGGUCAUACUGAUGGUUAUUCCUGCCUUAUGCACCGCUGCGACACCAGUACAAUACCCGUUAUACCCAAACGUCUAUGGGUAUCAGCAGCACUACUACAACCAGUAUCAACACUACCAGCCUCAAAGCUACACACCGUAUUGGAGUGGAAUUGGUCACGGCUUCCGAAAUUAUAUAUAUCCAGCAUAUCAAUAUUUACCAAGCGUCGGCGGUUUAUUGAAAAGUGGAGCUUACGGAGCAUUGAAAGGUGCCGGUGUUGGAGCUGCGGUUGGCGGGAUUGCUGGGCUGAUUGGAUGA